AUGGUACUACUAGAUAUCAUUCAAUCAAUUACAUCCAAUCCAUCCACUUCAAUAGAUCUCUUAUUAUCAAAAUCUAUAACAUUCCCAUUGUUAUGUCUCGUCAUCUAUAAAACUAUUGCAAAAGAAGUCAAACAUAAACCAACUGAUAACAAAAACAAUGAUAACCCAAUAAUCAAUUCCCCUAAGAGAUAUAACUCAGUAGAAUCUGAAUUCCAAUGGACCCAAGCAGAACCUUAUAGAUAUAGACCUUUUAAAAAAGGUGAAUAUAAAUUAGUCAUGGGAAUUCAUAAUAUCGAACCAGAUGAAUGGUUUCUUGUCGAGAAUACUUAUAAAGAUUAUACCACAAUAAAAUAUGGUACUGUAUCAACACCAAACUUAACAGAUCAUUGUGUAUUCAUGACUGAAGAUUGUAUCCCUACUGUGAUUGAAUUUUAUCAAGAAACUACAAAAUUUAUGCUUGAACGUUAUCCAAUGUGUUUUAAAAUUGACCUUGACCAGGGGAAAAUAUUAAAUUUGAUUAGAGGUGAUUCUAUCCCAUUAGAUCCAUAUUCUAUACCACCAAAGGAAUUAUUACAUUGUUUAUCAAGAUUUAUUGAAGAAGAUUUCAUCUUAAUGUUCCCAGAUCCUAAGGGACAUAAUACAGAUGAAUAUAUUUUCAAAGGUGGUGUUUUUGCAUUCGCUGCAGGUUUUGACCCAAUAGAAAGAUUUCAAAAACCAUUAACAGAAAUUCAUGGCCCAGUUCCAGAAUAUCGUACAAAACUUAGAUCACAAAUGAAUAAAUUUUUUGAAAAAUUAAAACCUGGUUUAUUCGUUAAGAGAAAUAAUUGGUCUAUUCAAACUCAUAACAAAAUAUUUGUUAUUGAUGCCAAUAAAGGUACAGAAGAUGAAGAAAUCAAGAGCCUAAACCCAGAUCACCUAGACUUCAAAAGACAAGUUUAUUUUAGAUCUGAACGUCAAGUAUUAACAAGAUUACCAAAAACUCAAAGUAUAGUUUUUUCCAUUAGAACUUAUUUAACACCAAUGUGGAAAAUUAGAGAAGAAGGUCUUGCUGAUGAAUUAGUGGGUGGGAUCCAGGGGAUGCAAGAAGUUAUUGGUCAAUAUAAAAGAAGACCUGAAUGGGGGGAUGCUGUUGUUAAGUUUAUGAAUUGGGAAAGUGAUGGUUGUGAUAGGCCUGAGAUUGGUCCAUUACAUAGUUAA